AGAUUCUCGUGACUUGACUUUUGUUAGCGAGAACCGAGGGAGAGAGGUUGGAGCUCUCUUUGCCAACCUCCUCCUCGCAAUUUUCCCCUCUCCCUCUCUCUCUCUCUCUCUCUCUUCUGCAUUCGCUAUCCACCCAGUUCUCUGAUCCAUCAAUGUCGCUUUCCGUGCCCCCCGACCUCUUCCUUCUCCCCUUCGAGGAGCUCGACGACGAAGAUAAUGACCCCGAAACCCUAGUACCUUCAGAUCCCGCCGAUCCCCUACCGGAUUGCGGCGUCGAUGAUUUCUUUGUUGACAUGCGGAGCUAUGCCUCAGGAUCUAACCAGUUUUCUCGCGCCCGACCUAUAGGGCAAGAGGGCCUCAGGAUUGUCGAUUCGGAUUCCGAAACCGACACCGAUGAGCAGAUGAUCGCCAUUGGCGACAACCCUUUCGGCAACGAGAUCGAUACCUCCUUCCGCUGGGAAUGCCUGCCCGUCAUGGAGAGCAGAAGUGACUCGAUCGAGGAUUUCGAAUGGGAGGAUCUCGCUGAACGGGUCGAUGAAAGGGAAAUCUUGAGCCUGGCGGCUUUCCCGGGCGUUGACGAGGAGAAUCCUAUCUCUACGGAGGAUGAAGAGGAGCUAGAUUUUGAGCGGAUAAACGUUGAGUGGGAGUUUCUCCUUGCUGUGAACAAUAUGGUAACUAGAAACGGCGCUGAUUCUGUCCACGACGAUGACCAAGAGGGGUUUGACUACCCAUCAGAUUAUGAAGUAUUCGACCAAUUUGUUGAUCAUGGCAGUGCUGAGUGGAUGAAGUGUGGCCGCCCAGCGGCAAAAUCUGUGGUAGAAAGCCUCCCUUCUAUUCUCUUGACAGCAGAAGAUGUUGCCCAGAACAACACACAUUGUGCAAUUUGCACUGAUGAGAUCUCGCUCACAGUGAAAGUUAAAAAGCUUCCAUGUUUGCACCAUUACCAUGAACAUUGCAUUGUGCCUUGGCUGUUAAUGAGGAAUACUUGCCCGUUAUGCCGGUAUGAGUUGCCGUCCAGCGAUGCCAUCGAAGAAGAAGCACAGGCUAGGUACGAUUUUGUGGUUUUGCAGGAUUCUUAGGGAGACGUUUUAGUGUUCUGAGUUGAUGUUCUUUGUUUUACUCAGUGAAGGCAUUAGACCUGCAUCGUAACCUUUUUUUUAUCAGAUUGAGAUAGUUUUUGCGCCAGAAGCCUGAUAGUUUGUUUUAAAGAACCGGAAAGCUGAAUUGUAUAUGAAAAUAAUGCAUUUCUGAUAAAACAUUUGGUUGCCAUAUCCAGAAAUUCUUCUUCAGAGGUACAAAAAAUUGAGAAAAUUUA